AGCAACUGGAGCAUAUGGACCAAGAACUACCUCGGCGACGAGGUCGGCAGAGAAGGCCGCGCGUUCCUGACUCACUGCGCAAGAGAGCUGCGCGAGCCUGUCUUCCUUGUCGUCAGCAUAAAGAGAAAUGCCAAGGCGGCUUGCCUUGUGCACGCUGUCAGCAAUACAAGAGAACAUGUCGGUUUGAGAGCAUUCAACCGCCAGCACCCGGGCCAUCGGAAAGGGCCUCCCUACCAAGCGAAAAUGAGAUGUCGAAUCGAGAGCACCAAAUGGAGAGAAUCAUUCAGCAUUUCAUGGGUGAUGUGUCGUUCACCAGUCGGAAUCUGCAAGAAAUUGCAGAUAUGCUGGAGAAAGAGCGUGAUGACUCCAUAUCCCAGGAUGCGGAAUUUUCAGAUGGCCAGGCCAUGUCGGAAAGUUAUUCACUCGAGCCACUAUCUACAAGCAUGAUGCAUUAUUCUGGCGAAUUAUCUCAUUGGAAUUUCUCCAAGGCGAUUCGUCGCAGAUUACAGAAUAUUGGUAAUGGUCGUGAGCAGCCGGAUGGUCCAGAGACGACAAAGGGCUUCUUCCGGGCCACAGGUCUGCAAUCCUCCAACUCAUUUGUCACGUCAUCCAUGAUGUACUUCCCCCCUAGGGAUGUAGCCGAAUUCCUGACGGACACAUUUUUGCAAUUCGCGCAGACCAACUAUUUCUAUUUCGACGAGACUACCUUUCGGCAGAAGAUGAACUUUUAUUAUACUACCAAUCAGCCUUUCACUAUCGAAGAUACUGGUUGGAUUUGCACACUUCUCAUGACCUUUGCCAUAGGAACCCAAUUUGCCUACAUGCAGACUAGGCCAACACAGGCCAAAACUCCCUCUUCGGAAGAAAUCCCAGACGAUCAUAUUGGUUUGGAGCUUUACAGAUUCUCGUGCCGGUUGAUUCCAGACAUGAUUACUAUCGCCUCAGUGGAAACUGUCCAGGCCUUCUUACUCCUUGGGGUCUACACCCUACCCAUUGAUACAUCAGGCCUGGCGUACACAUAUUAUGGGCUUGCGAUCAAGAUGGCCGUCCAAAAUGGCAUGCACCGCAAGUAUUCCGGAGUCUCGUUGGAUCCCCUAUCCGUCGAGCUUCGAAACCGCCUAUGGUGGUCUGCAUAUUCAUUAGAAAGCCGGAUUAGUAUACUGCAUGGCCGACCUGUAUCCGUAUCUCGAGUCGAUACUGAUGCCGAUAUGCCUACCGAGGUCACUGGCCUCCGGCCCUCCAACGGUGUCUCAAACUUGCCAAACAUAAUUGCCAAUAUCUAUUUGACCAAUCAAUUAAGUAAAUUAGCACGUGUUAUUCUGCGCUUGCGAAGAUGCCCACGAAUUCAACAAACCCAACAUCUCCAGGAACUACGCACCAUCCGCACCGAGCUUUGUGACUGGUGGGCCUCACUGCCUGUUGAGAUUCAUUGUAGGGAUCUCAACCCUAGCGGGCCUCUAUUCCGCUGCAAUGUGCACCUUGAACUCACCUAUACUACCGCUACCAUAUAUAUUGGUCGACCCUUUCUCUUUUUGCAUCCAGGGCCAUCCGCUCGGAUGUCCACAGGUGACAUUCGUUCUGAAACCGCAAAGCUUCUAUCGGACGACUGCGUACAAGCCUGUCUUCGGAUUAUCGACCUUUGUCAGCUCUUGCAAAAUUCUGUAGGCCUAGCUCGGGUCUCGUACACAGAGUUUAGCUCUUGUCGAGCCGCUCUACUGGCUCUCAUUGCUCAGCGGCUCAUCGAUGAUUCCUCAGAAAGGCUCUGUAGCGCCAUAGCCCGAGGUAUGACACUCAUCAGGCAAAUAUGCGUUGGACUUGAGUCGGCUCGCUCGGAAGUGGCCGUAAUCGAGGCACUAGAGCGGGCUCGACUACAACUCGACCGCCGUGGUGAGUCUGAGCAGAACUGCGCGCCUUCAGACUCCGGCUAUGACCAGUUUCGACGAUGGGCCCAACUCUGGCGUGGGGAGCCUCUAACAUCCAUCUCGCUUCCUGGUCUCGAGCCAGAAAACAUCGAGGUCCCUGGAACUAUGGGCGAUGAUAUUCCCUCUUUUGAUGGGUUCCUGUCUUCUUUCCCUCAGGAGUUGAAUGCCUUUGCGUCUAUUCCUGCUUCGGAUGAAUUUGAAUUGCCAACAGAGUGGCCUUUAUGAGAAUCAGCUCAGCCUUGGGGCUGGCUUAGACGAAGCCUUAUAUAUGCCUGAAUAGGUAGUUUAUCCUAGUCCAUGGAUGGGGAGCUUGGGUGAUUUAAUGUCAACUCACACGUAUUCGUGGACCCCACUCAGACUGUUUGUUCGAGGUAUGAAAGUUCGGUUUAUCUUUGCAUGGGCCCUGGCAUAAGA